AUGCCAAUCGAUGAGGAUGUGACGAUUCCAUUGGGAACCGUUGUUGGACCAAACGUGAUGGCAGCGUACCAUCAGCAUAUCUUGUCGCUCAGAAUCGGCCCGGCUGUUGAUUGUCACAAGAAUGAUGUUGUGUAUGAAGAUACUGAGCAAAGAAGAACUUCGUGCAUCACGCCGGGUACGUUGAGCAAUCUCCAUUCACCAACAGAGCAUAGAAGAUUUACAACGACAACGAGGUCUACCCUAUCAGUGAAUGGCAAGCAGGGUAAAAUCAUGAUGCUUGCUAAGCAAAUGCUCUUGGCUGAUUUUAAUUUUUUCAUCAGCAUAAGGACACAGUUUGCCACGCAGUAA